AUGAAGUAUAUUUUUGGAGAUUUUAGCCCUGAUGAAUUCAAUCAGUUCUUUGUGACACCUCGCUCUUCAGUUGAGCUCCCUCCGUACAGCGGGACAGCUCUGUGUGGCACUCAGGCUGCGGAUGAACUGCCUGAUGGACAAGAGUAUCAGAGAAUUGAGUUCGGUGUCAAUGAAGUAAUUGACCCAAGUGACACUCUGCCGAGAGCCCCCAGCUACAGUAUUUCAAGCACAUUGAACCCUCAGGCCCCUGAAUUUAUUCUUGGUUGUACAGCUUCCAAAAAGACCCCCGACGGACUAGACCAGGAAGUGAACUCCAGCUCCCUUGACCGCCCGUACCCGGGCCCAGCCCUGGCCUUAGACGGGAGCUCGCACACCGAGGCAGAGGCUCUGGAGAGCGCUGGUGGCCCAGGUGGCCUGGGACAGAGGGAGCGGAAAAGGAAGAAGAAGCGGCCACCAGGGUAUUACAGUUACCUGAAGGAUGGCGGUGACGACAGGAUUUCCACAGAAGCUCUGGUCAAUGGCCAUGCCAACUCAGCUGGCCCCGGUGGAGUGGGCACCGAGGAUGCAGAGUUUAUGGGUGACCUGCUCCCACCAGUUUCGCCCAGGACUUGUGACAGCCCUCAGAACUCCACGGACUUCAUCAGUGACUCUGUGCCUGACAGUCCUUUCCCUGGAGCGCUCGACAGUGCCGCCAGGACUGUGGGGCAGCCUGAGGGCUGCCGUGGGCCUGACUUUGAGCAAGCCUGCUUCCCUGCAGAGCACCUGCUAAGGACAGCUGUGGCUCCCCCCUGCGCUGCUAGCGAUACUACUGAGAACCUUGGCGUCACCAAUGGACAAGUACUUGAAUCCUCAUGUGUGGGCACAGCUGCCAACGGGGAGCUGCACACUGUGGAGAGCUCAGACUCAGAUGCAGCCAGGCUGGAACGCGCAUCACCUCCUGCCGACAGUGCCCUCUCCGCACCCAUUCCCGUUAACCAGCCCGCCAAGUCCUGGGCCAGCCUCUUUCACGAUGCUAAGCCCUCCUCCUCCUCACCCGUGGCUUAUGUGGAAACUAAGUGUUCCCCUCCUGCCCUGUCUCCCCUGGUCUCUGAAAAGCAGGUUGAAGUCAAAGAAGGGCUCGUUCCAGUUUCAGAGGAUCCUGUAGCCAUACAGAUCGCAGAGUUACUGGAGAAUGUAACCCUAAUACAUAAGCCAGUGUCAUUGCAACCCCGUGGGCUGAUCAAUAAAGGAAACUGGUGCUACAUUAAUGCUACUCUGCAGGCGUUGGUCGCUUGCCCUCCGAUGUACCACCUCAUGAAGUUCAUUCCUCUGUACUCCAAGGUGCAGAGGCCUUGCACGUCGACGCCCAUGAUAGAUAGCUUUGUUCGGCUAAUGAACGAGUUUACUAACAUGCCUGUGCCUCCGAAACCUCGCCAAGCUCUUGGAGAUAAAAUCGUGCGGGACAUCCGGCCUGGAGCUGCCUUCGAACCCACGUACAUUUACAGACUGCUGACCGUCAUCAAGUCAAGCCUGUCCGAAAAGGGUCGACAGGAAGACGCUGAGGAGUAUCUGGGAUUCAUCCUGAAUGGCCUGCAUGAGGAGAUGCUGAGCCUGAAGAAGCUUCUCUCUCCCGACAGUGAAAAGCUCACAGUUUCCAAUGGGCCCAGAAGCCCCUUGGCCAACAAUGAAGAGCCUCAAGAGCAAGGCGAAGGCAGCGAGGAGGAGUGGGAGCAAGUGGGCCCCAGGAACAAGACGUCGGUCACCCGCCAGGCGGAUUUCGUUCAGACCCCAAUCACUGGCAUUUUUGGCGGACACAUCAGGUCAGUGGUUUACCAGCAGAGUUCAAAAGAGUCUGCCACGCUGCAGCCAUUUUUCACGUUGCAGCUGGAUAUCCAGUCUGACAAGAUACGCACUGUGCAGGACGCGCUGGAGAGCUUGGUGGCGAGAGAAUCUGUCCAGGGUUACACCACCAAAACCAAGCAAGAGGUGGAGAUCAGCCGGCGGGUGACUCUGGAGAAGCUGCCUCCUGUCCUUGUGCUGCACCUGAAGCGCUUUGUGUACGAGAAGACUGGCGGCUGCCAGAAGCUGGUCAAGAACAUCGACUACCCCGUGGACUUGGAGAUCAGCAAGGAACUGCUUUCUCCAGGGGUUAAAAACAAGAAUUUUAAAUGCCAUAGGACCUACAGGCUCUUUGCAGUGGUCUACCAUCACGGCAACAGUGCCACAGGCGGGCACUACACCACAGACGUCUUCCAGAUCGGGCUCAAUGGCUGGCUGCGCAUCGACGACCACACCGUCAAGGUGAUCCAGCAGUACCAGGUGGUGAGGCCCGUAGCCGAGCGCACCGCCUACCUCCUGUAUUACCGCCGCGUGGACCUUCUGUGAGCCCUGUGCCGGCUGUGUGCCUGAUCUGCUUCGUAGAGCUCCAGCUCACCGACUUCCUGCCUCUAGUGGCUCCUUAGGGAGAAACUCCCUUCUGCAAAACUGGGCUAGCAUGGAAAGAUGCCGUGGGAUUUGUGUGCAGCAUAGUUUAUGUUGACGUCUUACUUCCAAUCAAAAUCAUUCGGUUGAAACAGACUGUUGCUUGAUUUAAGAAAAUACACUAAAACCCAUAAUUCUGAAAUGAUGCUGAUUCCUGAUAGAAGAAAGGGAAACUUGCAUUUGAUUCCCAGUGUAAUUGCUUAGUAGAAUAAAUCUACACCAGCAACUCUUGUAAAUUUGUGAAAAUGAAUUUUAUCUUUCCUUAAAAAAUAAAUUUUUUAAUCCACCACACUUUCCUCCCCUACCCUUUAGUUUUUGAUAAAUGAUUAAAAAAUGAGCCAGUUAUCAGAGAAGAAAUAGUUCUUACUUCAAAAGAAAAAUAAACACAAAAUAGAAGUUGCUGGUUCCUAACAGGAAAAAUACAUUUUAAUAAUUGUGCAACGAGACACUGCUUACGUACGUACGUGUUGCAGAUCAGAUCUUUAGAGUUAAACUAUGUUAGCAUAGAUGGGUGAUUGUAACUUUGUUGUCAUUGAAGAUCUCAAAUUGCUCUCAUGCUUCCGUGUACACAUUAUGAAACGAAGUGCAGGUGAAACCCUGAGGUUGGUACUUCCUGGCGCCCGCGCACAUUCUGCUGUCUGCCCCUCUGAUGCUGCGCCCUACUUGUACACAGUGAUACCCAGGAGUAUGAAGUUGUCGCCCAUCAAUAAAAUCACAGAGUUGGUUUCAA